AUGAAUAUGCAUGUUCCGCAAUCUGUAGAGACUAAAGCAGAGAUUUCUGAAAUUUGCAUGGUACCUAAACAAGUGGUAUCUCCCCAAUCAAAUAAACCUGUAAUGGGCAUUGUCCAGGACACUUUGUGUGCUGUUCGAAAAUUCACUAAACGAGAUUGUUUUUUAACAAAAGAUUUAGUAAUGAACAUUUUAAUGUGGGUAUUAGAUUGGGAUGGUCGCCUUCCAAUCCCAUGUAUUUUGAAACCAAUUCCUUUAUGGACUGGUAAACAAAUUUUGAGUAUGAUUAUUCCUAAAGGUAUAAAUUCGGACAAUUUGCGUCAUUCUGGCCACCCUGAAAAUGAACAUUCAGAUAUUUCUCCUGGUGAUACUAAAGUUUUGAUAGAAGAUGGAGAGUUACUUUGUGGUAUUGUAUGUAAAAAGACGGUUGGUGCGACACAUCAAGGCUUAGUUCAUGUUAUUAUGAAUGAACUGGGAGCUGAAAAGGCAAAAGACUUUUUAAACGGAUGUCAAGCUGUUGUCAAUCAAUGGUUGCUACAGAAUGGGUUUAGUAUUGGCAUUGGUGACACGAUAGCUGAUGACGAAACGAUGAAAAAUAUUACUAAUACAAUUAGUAAUGCUAAGCAACGUGUAGCUGAAAUCAUUGCAGAGGCGCAACAGGACAAAUUGGAAUGUGCUCCUGGUAUGACUAUACGGGAAACGUUCGAACACAGGGUAAAUAAAGAACUCAAUACUGCUCGUGAUGCCGCAGGAAAAAGCGCAGAGCAAAGCUUAAAAGAGGAAAAUAACGUCAAACAAAUGGUUAUUGCUGGUUCAAAAGGAUCUUUUAUUAAUAUUUCGCAAAUGACGGCUUGUGUCGGUCAACAGAAUGUUGAGGGUAAACGUAUACCAUUCGGAUUUAAAUUCCGCACUUUGCCACAUUUUACGAAAGAUGAUCAUAGCCCAGAAAGUCGCGGAUUUGUCGAAAAUUGUUAUCUUCGUGGCUUAACUCCACAGGAAUUUUUCUUUCACGCUAUGGGUGGACGUGAAGGUUUGAUCGAUACUGCUGUAAAAACCGCCGAAACUGGUUAUAUUCAACGUCGUUUGGUAAAAGCCUUGGAAGAU